CUAACAGAGAUCCUAUAGUGAAAAUUCUUGGCCCUGAAUAUGGGACUGUUGAAGGAGAAGAUAUGUCCAUGCUGAAUUUACUUGACAAAAUGAAAAUAGGUGAUGAUCCUGAAAUAGAGAUGAAAAUGAAAAUCAAUCUUCUUCUUCAUCAGCUGGAUUUGCAACUGCUUAAUAGUUUUUGGAAACAAAUUUCAAAAGAUGCAAGACUAAAUGCAACUGCUGUAAAUAAUGAAGUGAAUCUUCUCAUGAAUUUCUCUGGGAAAGGAGAAGAUACAGUCCUGGAAUCCCUGGAAUAUACAUCAGAUUACGUAUUCUCUAAUGGAUGCCGAGCUCCUCCCUGGAGACAACUGCAUGGAGAAAUUUGUUAUUUAGUCAUCAAGCCACAUGACACUGAUCCUUUGUGUAUCACUUGCAGCACAGCAGGAGUGUUUUUAAAUGGAGGUCAGAAGAAGGGUACAGAUUACAUUGACUAUGAAAGAAAAGGUGACAUAUAUAAAGAUAUUGUCACAUUUUUAAGGGAGAAAUCUCCUAGAUUUGUAGAAAAUAUGGCUAAACAGCAACAUAAUUUUUAUGAAGAACCAACAUAUGAGAAGAAUUAUCAGCGUAUGGAAGUAGUUGAUGCUAAGGUCUCUGGCCAACCCCUGAAUCUUAAUGAUUUUACAAAAAAGAAUGUAUGUGAGAAAGUGAAAAGUUCUGCAGCAAGACAAGGAUCUGUUGACAAGAAGAAAUUAGAACCAUCUGUGAAGAUUUAUAGCUGUGUAACACAGAUGAUGCUGUUUAUUUUUAGUAAAACAUCAGGCAGGGUUGAAGACGUUAGUGAAAGUUCCUCAGAGACCGAGACAGAUGAAGAACAGCCUGCACGUCGGCGGAAAGCAAGCACUGAUAUGCCAUCAGAAUACUGGGAAAUUCAGAAACUUUCAAAAUAUUUGAUAGGUGGCAACCAAACCUCUACUGUAAUCGCAUUGUGUGCUAUGAGAGAUUUAAAUCUGGCUCAAGAAGCUUGUCAGCUGGCCAUCAGAGACUUUGGGUGUCUUGAUGUGUUAAUUAAUUUACUUGAUACAGAAGAAAUUAGAUGUCAGAUUGGUUCAUUAAAAAUCCUGAAGGAAAUUAGUCAAAAUACUAUGAUCAGACAUGCAAUUGAAGAUCUUGGGGGAUUAGAGCUCAUGGUGAAAGUACUGGACUCUCCAGAUCAAGAUCUAAAAUCUUUGGCAGCUGAAACGAUUGCUAAUGUUGCUAGAUUUAAACAAGCACGAAGGACAGUACGGCAGCAUGGAGGAAUCAAGAGAUUGGUUGGACUGUUGGAAUGUAAUUCAGUGGGGUCAGCCAGUCUCUCACCAUACCAAGCAAACGAUACUGAGCUAGCACGCUGUGGAGCUUUGGCUCUCUGGAGCUGCAGCAAAAGCACCAAAAAUAAAGAAGCAAUCCGUAAAGCUGGCGGCAUUCCGUUAUUAGCUAGAUGGCUCAGAUGUUCCCAUACAAACAUCUUAAUCCCAGUGGUGGGGACACUGCAAGAAUGUGCCUCAGAGCCAAGUUACAGACUUGCAAUAAGGACAGAAGGAAUGAUCGAGAACCUUGUGAAAAAUCUGAGUAGCAAACAUGAAGAGCUUCAGAUGCAGUGUGCAAGAGCCAUAUUUAAGUGUGCAGAAGAUAAAGAAACACGUGACCUGGUUAGACAGCAUGGAGGUCUACAGCCACUAUCUGUUCUGCUUGGUAACUCUGAAAACAAACAACUUCUAGCAGCUGUGACAGGAGCAAUCUGGAAAUGUGCAGUCAGUAGAGAAAAUGUGUCAAAAUUUCAGGAAUAUAAAGUUGUAGAAGCUUUGGUAGGACUGCUUCCUGAGCAGCCUGAAGAAGUCCUUGUAAAUAUUGUCGGAGCACUGGGAGAAUGUUGCCAAGAGCCAGUAAAUCAAAGUAUUAUCCGUGAAUGUGGUGGAAUACCACAUCUAGUGAAGUUUCUUAGGGCACCUUAUCAGGCACUACUUGUGAAUGUCGCCAAAGCAGUGGGAGUUUGUGCGACAGAACCUGAAAAUAUGGUGAUUAUUGACCAACUAGAUGGAGUUCGUUUGUUAUGGUCCUUGCUGAAAAAUCCUAAUCCAGAUGUUCAAGUAAAUGCAACCUGGGCUAUUUGUCCUUUCAUUGAAAAUACCAAGGAUGCUGGAGAAAUGGUUCGAUCCUUGGAUGGUAGCUUGUACCUGAUACUCAAUUUGCUAAAGUCAAACAAUGAAGAAGUUUUAGCAAGUGUAUGUGCAGCCAUUACAAUUAUAGCUAAAGAUGAAGUAAAUUUAGGUAUUAUAACAGAACUUGGAGUCGUCCCUCGGUUGUCCAAGCUAGUAAACACGAACAAUGACAAGCUAAGAUUUCACUUAGCAGAGGCCAUUUCACGCUGUUGCAUGUGGGAGAACAACAGAGUUACCUUUGGAGACACCGAGGCUGUAGCUCCUUUAGUACGUUACUUGAAGUCAAGUGAUCCAUUAGUUCACAGAGCUACAGCGCAGGCUUUAUAUCAACUUUCAGAGGAUCCCAACAACUGUAUCACCAUGUAUGAUAAUGGAGUGAUGAAGCUCCUACUGCCGAUGGUAGGCUCUACGGAUGAAACUCAGCAGGAGACGGCAGCUGGUUGCUUAAGAAACAUUCGCAGAUUGCUUCUAGCAAAAGAAAAAGCAAAGUAUCGUUGA